AUUCCGACCUGAGCAUGCGCACUCUGAGCACUCCCAGUCCUGCGCUAAUAUGUCCACCAAAUUCACACAGCUUGCAGAAUGGAAAAGAGUCUUCUACAUCUUCCUCUUCGGUCACCGGGGAGACCAUUGCGAUGGUUCACUCACCUCCUUCCCCCUGCCUGACCCACUCUCUUAUUCAUGCUGCCUCUUGGCUUCGGAAAGAACAAGCCAAUAUCAACCGGCUUCCUGACCUUUCGGUGAUCCAGAUAUUUUCCUUUUUGCCCACCAAUCAGUUGUGCCGGUGUGCCCGCGUGUGCCGUCGCUGGUAUAACCUUGCUUGGGACCCGCGACUUUGGCGAACUAUUCGCCUGAUAGGUGAGACAAUCAACGUGGACAGGGCUCUGAAGGUGCUGACACGACGACUUUGCCAGGACACCCCAAACGUCUGUCUCAUGCUGGAGACGGUAAUUGUUAGUGGCUGCAGGCGGCUCACAGACAGAGGACUUUAUACCAUUGCUCAAUGCUGCCCAGAACUGAGGCAAUUGGAAGUAUCCAGUUGCUACAACAUUUCCAAUGAGGCGGUUUUUGAUGUAGUGUCCUUGUGCCCAAACUUGGAACAUUUAGAUGUAUCAGGUUGUUCCAAAGUGACGUGCAUCAGUUUAUCCCGUGAAGUUUCCAUCAAAUUAUCUCCUUUACACGGCAAACAGAUUUCUAUUCGCUACUUGGACAUGAGUGACUGUUUUGUCCUUGAGGAUGAAGGACUGCACACUAUUGCCACCCACUGCACUCAGUUGACACAUCUCUAUUUGCGCCGCUGCAUCCGCAUUACCGAUGAAGGCCUCCGUUACCUGAUGAUUUACUGCCCUUCCAUCAGGGAGUUGAGUGUGAGCGACUGCCGCUUUGUCAGUGACUUUGGCAUGCGCGAGAUUGCAAAGCUGGAGUUCCGCCUACGGUAUCUCAGCAUUGCCCACUGUGUCCGCAUCACUGACGUCGGUAUCCGAUACAUCACUAAAUACUGCAGCAAGCUACGUUACCUCAAUGCGCGAGGCUGUGAAGGCAUCACAGACCAUGGAAUAGAGUACCUGGCCAAAAAUUGCACAAAACUAAAGUCACUGGACAUUGGGAAAUGCCCUCUGGUCUCUGACAUUGGCUUGGAGUUUCUGGCCCUGAACUGCUUCAACUUGAAGCGACUGAGCCUGAAGUCAUGCGAAAGUGUCACUGGACAAGGCCUGCAGAUUGUAGCAGCCAAUUGCUUUGACCUGCAAAUGCUGAACGUUCAGGACUGUGAGAUUUCAGUGGAAGCUUUGCGAUUUGUUAAGCGCCAUUGUAAGCGCUGCAUUAUAGAGCAUACUAACCCUGCUUUUUUUUGAAGUGA